AUGGAGAAUUCCGGGUUAGUUUUAGCCUUUACAGGCCUUCUAAUUACCUCACUUUUUCUCUCAAGACUUUUCAAUGGAUCUUGUCGUAAACAAAAUCUUCCACCAGGUCCAAAACCAUGGCCUAUCGUUGGCAAUUUACAUCUUCUUGGUUCUGUCCCUCACAGAUCUCUUCAUGAACUUGCAGAAAGAUAUGGAGAUUUAAUGCUUCUAAAGUUGGGUUCUCGGAAUGUCCUAAUUGCAUCCUCCCCAGAUAUGGCAAGAGAGUUCUUGAAAACAAAUGAUGCCAUUUGGGCUUCUCGCCCUGAGCUUGCUGCAGGUAAGUACACUGCUUAUAAUUAUCGUGACAUGACAUGGGCACCUUAUGGACCCUUUUGGAGACAAGCACGAAGGAUCUACCUCAACGAGAUUUUCAACCCUAAACGUUUGGAUUCGUUCGAGUAUAUUCGAGUAGAGGAAAGAAGAAAUUUGAUUUCACGACUUUUUGAUGUGUCGGUGUUAGGGAAGCCAAUUGUUCUUAGAAACCAUUUAACUCGUUACACUCUUACAAAUAUAAGUAGAACAGUGUUGAGUGGCAAAUACUUUAGCGAGUUACCUGGUCAAAAUUCAACAAUAACUUUGGAAAAAUUGCAGGAUAUGCUUGAUAUGUGGUUUUUACUUAACGGUGUGAUCAAUAUUGGGGAUUGGAUACCUUGGCUAGCUUACUUGGAUUUGCAGGGUUAUGUCAAGCAAAUGAAGGAGUUGCAUAGGAACUUCGACAAAUUUCAUAAUUUUGUGCUAGAUGAUCACAAGGCUAAGAGGGAAGAAGAUAAGAAUUUUGUGCCAAGAGACAUGGUGGAUGUUUUGUUGCAGCAAGCUGAGGAUCCUAAUCUUGAAGUCCAACUCACCAAUGAUUGUGUCAAGGGUCUAAUGCAGGACUUAUUAGCUGGCGGCACAGACACCUCAGCAACAACAGUUGAAUGGGCUUUUCAUGAACUUCUUAGACAGCCAAACAUUAUGAAGAAAGCACAAGAAGAGCUAGACGUUGUCAUUGGACAGGGGAGAUGGGUGCAAGAGAAAGAUUAUACUCAACUCCCUUACAUUGAGUCAAUUAUCAAGGAAACCUUAAGGCUUCACCCAGUAAGCACCAUGCUUCCACCCCGUACUGCCCUAGAGGAUUGUCAUGUAGCAGGCUAUGACAUACCAAAAGGUACAAUUUUAAUGGUGAACACUUGGAGUAUCGGAAGGAACUCGGGGCAUUGGGAGUCACCGGGAGAAUUCAUUCCUGAGAGGUUUGAAGGGAAAGAAGAUAUAGAUAUCGCAGGACAACAUUUUGCGCUCUUACCAUUUGGUUCGGGUCGGAGGAAGUGCCCGGGAUAUAGUCUUGGGAUUCGUAUCAUUAGGGCAACGUUAGCCAACUUGUUGCACGGAUUCAAUUGGAGAUUGCCGGAUGGCAUAAAUCCACAAGACAUUAAUAUGGAUGAGAUUUAUGGGCUUACUACUCACCCCAAAGUUGCACUCCAUGUGAUCAUGGAGCCUCGACUUCCCGAUAAUCUUUACAAAUAA